CCAGUCCCUAAAGCUGAACGGUGCAACUGCACCAUCUGACCGGAGGGUGGCGAGGGAGUAGUCUGAACGGAACUAUUCUCGUUUCCGGACCAUUGGAGCUUUCAGCCGCGCGCAACCGUUGUCUAUGGAAAGAGACUGCUUGCUCGAUGAAUCCUCGCCUCUCAUUCGGUCUCCUCAGUCUCGACCGUCCGUCGCCACUGUCUGUCGCACGUCGCUGGACUACAGCAGCCUUACACGUGUACCGAACACCGAAUCAAAUCUUGAACUUUGGGAUAGACGAUCGAGCGAGGGUCUUACCAGGGGUUUGACUGCUUGCCACGUGGCACAGCCAACAGCAGGCCGCAGCACAGGACAUGGCGACGCAGCGUUAGCCGACCUCGAUGACGUGGAGCUCCUGCAGCCCUCCACGUGUCCAUCUGAGCGCGAAUACAGAAGCGGGCACGGAAGCUCACAAGCGAGUCAGAGCCGCUGCGGAGAGGUGUCUGAGGAGGGGUGUGACCAUGAAGGGGGUUCGUUAAAUAAAACGAAGAGUCUCGCAGACAGCGGAGCAGCGCGGGAUCAACAGCACCCAUGGCGAUUCCCCUGGCCGUGGUGGUGCUGCCCUUGGGAUUGCCGAGAGGAGUGGCGGUGGGUGAGCUCGUGGGACGAGUGGCGAUGGGUGUACUCGCGGGACGGGCUUAAAGCCCUGGCGCUCGGCCAGCUCAUGUCGCUGCUGCUCACCGCCACUGCCACGUGCUCCGCGCUGCUCGCCGCCAGAGGUAUCAGCAUCCCCACCUUCCAAUCUCUCCUCAACUACCUGCUCCUCGCGUCCGUCUAUGGCGCCAUCCUCAUGCACCGCAAGACUCCGCUCACUGUGCCGUGGCGGGUCCUCCUGCUCGCCUCCUUUCUUGACGUGGAGGGGAACUACUUCGUGGUGCUGGCCUUCCGCUUCACCUCGUUGACUCGGGUCACUCUCCUGGACUGCUGGGCCAUCCCAGCCGCCAUGCUCCUGGCAGCGCUCUGCCUCUCCACACGCUACCACUGCUCGCACGUCCUCGGCGCCCUGCUCUGCACUGCCGGCCUCGCCGUGCUGCUCCUCUCAGACGCAGGCUGGUGCACUUUCUGGCGAUCGGUACAAACCCAUAUUCCAGGAGGCUCCAUGCACUUCCCUGUUCGUUGUCUCUCCAUGCACUUCCCUGUUCGUUGUCUCUCCAUGCACUUCCCUGUUCGUUGUCUCUCCAUGCACUUCCCUGUUCGUUGUCUCUCCAUGCACUUCCCUGUUCGUUGUCUCUCCAUGCACUUCCCUGUUCGUUGUCUCUCCAUGCACUUCCCUGUUCGUUGUCUCUCCAUGCACUUCCCUGUUCGUUGUCUCUCCAUGCACUACCCUGUUCGUUGUCUCUCCAUGCACUUCCCUGUUCGUUGUCUCUCCAUGCACUUCCCUGUUCGUUGUCUCUCCAUGCACUACCCUGUUCGUUGUCUCUCCAUGCACUUCCGUGUUCGUUGUCUCUCCAUGCACUUCCCUGUUCGUUGUCUCUCCAUGCACUUCCCUGUUCGUUGUCUCUCCACGCGCUUCCGCUGCUCCCGUGCCAUUGGUGCUCUGCUCUGCACUGCCGGCCCCGCCAUGCUGCUCCCGUCAAACACAGCCUCAGGGUCAUCCAAGCCACCAGACAGCACUGCCGGUGGCAGCAGCAAUGCGACUUUGGGAAACGCGCUUGUGAUUCUUGGUGCCACUUUGUACGCAGCUUCCAACGUGUCAGUGGAGUAUCUGGCCCAUCGCGUGGAGACAACUGAGCUGCUUGCCUUCAUUGGAUGCUCAGGAUCCCUCAUUAGUAUCACACAGCUUCUUCUCCUGGAGAAAGAAGAGCUGCAGUCACUCUCUUUUGAUGGCAGCACUGUGCUCCCAAUGGUGGUGUUCUCUCUCGCCCUCUUCGCCUUCUACUCCCUCACUCCCCUCAUGCUUCGUCUGGGCGGUGCGGCUCUCUUCAACCUCUCCCUCCUCACCUCAGACCUCUGGGCCGUGGGUGUGUCCGCUGUUGUCUUCAACCAGCCCGUUGAGGGAAUUUAUUUCGCUUCUCUUGUGGUGGUCUCUGUGGGUCUCGUAAUUUUUAGCUUAAGAUGAAGUGGACAAUGCACUUGUUUACUUUGUUUGGUUUUGGUUUGUGCAUUUUAGUGCACUAUUCUCUCAAA